UGCUUAUGUUGUAGAGCUUUGUUAGGUUUUAUGUUUGAAACACUUUCAUGAAAACGUGAAAUUCAAACAAAUUUUCCAAAAACUCUUAUAUUUCCAAAAUUUCCUGAUCAAUGUUCCAUGACCCCCUCGAUGGAUGUCUGUAGUGUUAACUCGCUUUGUUUGGGGCAUUUAGACUGUUUAGACUAGCUUAAAACUGGACAGGCGUUUGUAUACAACAGCAAUGUUUACCAUGGUAACCUAACCCGCAGGAUGUUACCAAUACCUGUGCUGUGCUGUGAUGCACAACGGCAGCCCUCGAAGGAUCGUGGCAAAACCCUCUACAUUGUGCAUUACGAAUGUGAAAUAAACAAGUCGUACACAGUCGAUUUUGGCGAAACAUGCAAUCAACUCUGGCGUAGGGUUCUACCGGUAGGUAACUGGUUCAGCUUCACUGCUGUCAGUCGUGUGUGGUUAACGGUGAAAGAGGGAAGAAAAUAGAGCAUUCCGUUCGCGAAGAAAGAUUGGAGUAACAAAUAGGCACUGGUAACGGAUAGCUAUCAUAUGUGUCACGUAUCUUGUCCUUGAGGUAGGAAGUUUGACACUGCACCGAGGCGAUAUCAUGUUUUCCGAGCACGACAUCAAUCGCUAUAAUUACCGAUUGCGGUUUCAGGAAAUGGAAAAUAAAAUUAAAAAGUGUGAAAUAGAACGUAGUCAGUUGGAACACAAGUUUAGUCAGCUGAUGCGAGAGCGCCAAGAAUGUGAAAAAGCCGCUGAACGCUCUUUGAAACUCAAGUACAAACGAAUGAUGGAACUCGAACGGCAGCGUUCGGAGAGGAACGAAACCCUGCUUCGUAUGCUGCACAAAGUUGAUCAGCAAGCUGCAUCUCUAGCUUCGAAAAGCAAUCGGCUCAAAAUGCUUAAGGAGCAGUACGAAUCAUAUCUCAUCCGUUCCUGGUCAACACAACAAGCCAUUUCAUCGUCUCCACGUCAGCAAGAAUACUACUUACCGCUUCAAAGCACGUCAGACACUGCCAACGCUAAUUCCUUCCAGUUUCCACCCAGAGUUACAAAUUCACCCAAGUCGGAAUUUGUCAAGUAUAUUACCGACACGACUUAUCUGUCGACUGCCGAUUCCAGAGCGAUCCCUCCUCCUAUGGCUCUCUCCAACUUUAUCAGCCAUCAACAGCAAGAAACAUUAAGAAAUCCAAUCAGUCGCCAGUUAUUUACGCCUCAAUCGAAUGUUCAGACGACUACUCCGUUUCCAACCGAAUAUCAUCCCCCAUCUCAGAGUCAAAAUCCACAAAAUAAUACUACUCCGAUCUCAUAUCGUAGCACUGCAGUUCUACCAUCCAAUUCAAGAAAAAAUGAACUCUCCAAUGAGGAAUUUAUUCGAUAUGUCGAUGACGAAAUUCUUAAAGGCUCAGUUGCACAAAAACCCAGCACUACUGAAACACCCAGCAUUGUGGUAGAUCCUCCGUCACAACCUCCAGCAACAAAAUAUCCAACUGCUUAUCUGGAAGACUUCAACGAAAUCAACGAAAACGAUGGCUUUCAGUCAUCUGAGGUGAACUAUGAUGACUGUUCACCAAUGAUUGAAGAAUUAGUUGAUGCUACAGAACAACUAAAUUUGGACUCUGAUGCCGUUCAUGUCGAAACAGAAAAGCUAACAUUAUCGCAGGAGGAAAGUACUCCUGCAGUCUUCGAGGAGGGCAGUAAUAAUAACUUCAACUCCAUUGUCGAGCCAUCAAGGAUGGUAGAAAAUCAAAAGUUAGAACCGACAACGGCUUAUGACUCCCCACAGCAACCUGAACCGGUUCGAGCGCAGCAACCACUUCACGGUGUUGUAGAGCAGACACUUCUCGGAAUGAUCUCUGAGGUGGAAGAGAACUUUGUUACAAUGCCAGUUUCUGAGGAUAUUAACCUAGCUGCUGGAACAGCUGCACCUGAAGCCGAGAUUCAACAAGACUACUCUGAGGAUGGCAAUUAUCAACUACAAUACACCAUGCCGGAAAAUGCUAAUUAUCAGCCUAGUGACGUGUAUCAAGAAGGUGAUUCCACGGGGUGUACAGAGCAAGAAAUCGCAAAUGAUGACUACAGUUUUGAACAGGGUAACGAUGAACAACCAGCAGCUCUCAAUUCUAGCUACUGGUCGACAGCAAUUCAAGCAGUAAAAUCUAAAACUUACAAUCCAGUUAUGCCAGCAUCGGAGACAAUUGAAGAAGUAACAAGCAGUAAUGAUCGUCAGUCGCCCGUAGAAAAACGUAUCACACCGCCAGAAUCGAAACGUAGCACUCCUUUGGGAAGGAACAUGUCUUCUGCUAAUUUGGAACCUGUGCCAGAGCACGAACCAAUAGGUGCUGUUGAUGAGCAACUAGCGGAAUCAGUUGAUCCAGCACAAACUGAUUACGACCAGUACCAGCAAGAAUACCUGCAAAACCCAGAACAAUACACCUAUCAGUACGAUCAGGAAACCGUCGAUCCGUAUUACUCACAACCGCUAGCAGAACAAACAAAUCAAGAAGAAUCUCAGGGCUAUUACGAUCAAGAAAAUGUGGAAAAUGGCGGAACCUUAGACCCUAACCAGUAUCAGCAAGCUACGGAGUAUCCCGGCCCAACUCAAUACGUUUUCGAGCAGGGUUUUUACGAAGAACAACAACCGGAUCCGGAACAACAGCAGCAACAGUAUGACCCAAAUCAGCAAGAAUACUAUGAUCCCAACCAACAGAAUGACCAGCAGUAUUACACUGAAGAAGAAAGUACACAACUUCAACAGCAAGAAGUCUACGAUCAGACGCAAUUUCAGCAGUACAAUGUGAACUCUGAGCACGAACAAUCGGCGCAGGAGGGAACGGUUACUACCCGAAGGCAGGAAGAGGAAAGUCCUGCACCAUUGCCGGCAGAUAUGGAAACUCCGACCGUUGCUGACGCUGAUCGCUCGACCAAAGUGUCUGAUAAAGUUGAGUCGAAACCGCCACCUCAGGCUGACCAUACAGAGGAGAAACAUGAUACAACACUUAGUUCCGUGAAUGAAGACAGUGAUUUUGAUUUUUCCACUCAAUAAAUCGUUAUUUGCGAUGUUAGUUAUCGGAUUAAUUGAGCAAAUAUGAGCUGUAAUUGGGUUGCUUAGCUAUAUCAGUUUUUUUUUUAUAUCAACUGAAAGAGCUGCAUUUCAAUUUUUAAAUCACGAAUUAAAACUACUUGAAAUCUGCUCGAAAUAACUACAAUGACAGUUCGCCCAUGCAAUAUCAACUGUCAUUCAAGCGAUUUAGAGCGAUUUUUAUACUUUAUAGAAUAAUCGAAAGACAACGAUACAAAAUUUUGAAAAAUCAUGUUUUGCUUGGAAAAUUUCACUUUUUUAGCUGAUAUAUAAAAAUCAGAAAUCCGUGAAUAGCCAAACAACUCAAUUCAAUUAUGAUACUUUGUCUUAAAAUAUAUGUUUGUAAUAUGACAUGGAAUGUUUUUUGUUGUUGUU